AGACAAUUAAGUUCCGGACACGACUGUGGUUUCGUUUUUGAGAGCAGUGAGUACCACACCGAGCAACUUCCCUCUCACACACUCUGUUUCCCCUGCGCCGCCCCGCAUGGGAGGCUGCAGCUUCGGUGUGGGACACUCCGAGCCUCGGCGUCAGGCCCUUCUCCCCAAAAACUUCAUCGUGCUUGCUGCAAGAAGAUCUUGGAAGAGCUUCUGGAGAAUUACUACGGAAGAGAAUAUUUGCCAGGAGUGAGAAAAGACAAUGGACUCAGACUUCUUAAAUGUGUUUACACAGCCUGCUGCACUUAAUCAAUUCCUAGAUGAGAUUGUCGUCGCUCAAGGUGAGAAGAAGAAAAUCAUAAAACCGACCUCAAGCAACAAUCCCAAAUUGGAAGAAUUAAAAUUGGUAUUGAUUGACUGGAUUAACACAUCUCUGAAAGAGGAACACAUAGUAGUUAGAAGUCUGGAAGAAGAUCUGUAUGAUGGGCUGGUACUUCAUCAUCUUUUGGAAAAACUAGGAUCUCUCAAGCUGGAUGUUGACAAGAUUGCAUUAACAGAAAAAAAACAGCGACAGAAACUCUCUGUGAUUCUGGAAGCUGUGGCCAAGUGUUUGCAACUGGAAGAAAGUCAGCUGAAAUGGAGUGUGGAAUCUAUCUUGACAAAGGACUUACUGAGCACACUACAUCUUCUGGUUGCAAUAGCAAAGCACUUCCAACCCAAUCUGGCAAUGCCUCCAAAUGUCCAAGUGGAAACAAUCACCGUUGAGAACACCUCCAGAGGAUUAAAGACAGUAAAUGCGGUGGAAUAUAUCACAGAAAACAAGGAGAAUUUAGAAGUGCAGUCAAAAGAUGAUGCCUUUGAUGAAUUAUUCAGCCGUGCUCCAGAUAAACUGGAUGCUGUGAAAAAGGUAUUUUUGCAGUUUGUCAACCAGCAUGUUGGAAAAUUAGGAUUGAAUGUGAAAGACAUCGAAUCUCAGUUUGCAGAUGGAGUUAUCUUACUUCUGUUAAUUGGACAACUGGAGGGUUAUUUUCUGAAUUUAAGGGAUUUCUUCCUGACUCCAGCCAGCAGCACAGAGAUGCUUCACAACGUUAACCUUGCAUUGGACUUGUUGACAGAUGGAGGUCUUCUGAAUUUUUCUGUGAACUCUGAAGAUAUUGUGAAUGGAGAUAUGAAGACUACAAUGCGUGUUCUGUAUUGUUUGUAUUCCAAAUACAAGACCAAAGAAACAUGAAGAGCAAGGCCAAGAACUUGGGCUUUUUUUUUCCCCCCCUAGCAUGUCAUGCUCUGAUUUUCGGUUUCGCAGCUCUGUUUGCCACUGUUUAUGUGCAUGCACUUGUGUUUGACACUUGCUGUAUUAACAUUGUAUAUGCAACUAUGUAUUCAUGCAAGGCUUCACAAAUCACUCUGCACAACUGUAAGUACGUGUGUGUCCAGGGCAAGUGCACUGUAUGAUUCUGUGGCUGUAGCUCUUGCUCCAGCCCCUUUCUCUUAUUCUUUCUGAGCCCCUCUAAUGCUGCAAAGUGCUGCAAUGUGUGUUUAUUGUGGAGUCUGGAUUCUUUGCUUCUGGAGAUGAAUUUGGAAGCUGUUAUUGCAACCUCCCUACUUUCCUGCUUCUGAUUCACUUUGGAAACUAGAGGAGUGAAAGGUCCACCAUGGCGUCUCUGGAAAGACUGAAGACACGCUUGAAUCCCAGGUUCAAAACUUUCUUUAGAUGGGUGGCCGUCUGUUGUAAGAGAAGAGCACAUGGAUUGGACACCAAAUGAAUAGGUAGCAGAAAUGAAAUUUGAACUUGCCAAGUGCUUGAUACAAGUUUUACCAUUUACCUGCUGGAGUAUCGAAAAGGGACACAGAAUAACAUGCUGAUGUGAGACUGUGCAGUAACAGAGGGAUCUCCUGCACAGUUGUGGCAAGAUGUCCUUAUUUCCUUGUGAAGCUAACACCGAACUGUGGCCAGCUCCAGCCUGUUGCAGCCCUAAUGUAAUGUGUGGUUAGCAGGAAUGCUGAUUCGUGUGUCAAGCAGCAUAUGGGAGUGAAUAACACGACCACACUUUCUCUCUGGUAAGAGGCGGAUUGAUGCUGGCUUCCUCCACAGCUGGUAGAAGUAGAAGCCAUCACGGAUGGCAGUAAGGAAACUCUCAGUUUUUGUCACUUCUGACAGCAAACUCACACUGUAGGGAUUCUCAAACUCCUCUGAGACUUUCUUAGCUGAAUUUGUCCAGCUAACAUCCCCAAACAUCUCAGAAGCCUCCUCUGGAUGCAGCAAGGCUAGCUGCAAUUUAUGUUAGCUGUCACUGUCAGAGGUCUUAAACCAUAAUUCCUUCAAAACCUCCAUCUACUCCCUUGACCUGAAAAUGAUGUCAUGUUUGCAUUGCAUAAAGCUUGAGAUGUGAUUAAAAAAAAAUAAUUUUGAUAUUAUUUUGGCUUCCUUCUAAACUGAUUUAAUUUGCUGUUGUCAGUGCCUCUGACAUUUGAUCUCUGGUCUGAUCCUCCAUCUGUGUGUUAAGGGGAAACCAAAGCUUGCCUCACGCGAGUGCUGGCAUUUACAGAAGAGAAUUUGUUGUGUCUGCUUCUGGAUCACACGGCCUAAGACAGAUCCUUAGAUAGUAAUGCUGAAAAGUCUCUGAGUCCUGCCUUUGAAAAUGGCAAUACUGGACAGCUGCUGGAGGAAAGAGUUCUGCAAUCUGUCCUGGGCCUAAUCCUUUUUGUACCAAUGAUCAGUUUGUUAUGUUUUUACAGAGAAAAAUCCAAUGUGGAUCUGCAAGAAGUUUGCUUCUCUAGCAAAUGUUAGUUGUGUGUGCUGUUUUGAAUGAUUUAAGUGAGAAAUACAUGGUUUUUUGUAUGCAA